GCACAAUGAAAACCCUCAAACCCCUUAAGUCAGCCAUGGAAGAAGUGGCUACUGAGCUAGUGAAUGUGGGAGGGCUUUAUAGGACCGUGAGAGAUGGUUGAAUGGGGAAUGCUUUUCCGUAAGAGGACCGAUCGAUUUAUUGAGGGAAAGGGCGUGAAAGCUUUUAUUAAUGGCGGAACACCAACAUAAAAAAGAGAGAACUCUUCGAGCUGUUGGCUUGGAAAGCAAGCUAUGCUUGAAUCUCCUUGAUGAAGCUUCUUCAACUUGGGUGUAGUUCUCUGCCUACACUCUCUCUGUCACUCAAUGUGUUUGCUUUUUCAAUAUUUUGGCUUUGGAAGGAAGAUGAAUUACUGCUCUGAUACUUCUGUGUCUCUCUCUGUGGUUUGCGAAGCUCAGGGACGUGCGUUUUGUUAAAAAAAAAAAAAAAAUGACAGCAGCCACGUACGCCUUCUUCAACGCCAAAAUUUUCUGCACCCACAAAAAACCGAAGUUGCAGAUAGAGAAAAAUAAUGUUAGAUGCUGGCGCGGCACGACUAGCAGUUGUUUGGUGAUUUUUCAAAAACCAGAGACAAAUACGGGAAAGUGGGAAAGUGGGGCUCGUUUGUGGAGGGCAGUGAUAACCGUCUUAACUGUCACUCUAUUACAAAGUUAAGGAAAAAUACACGGAGAAAGCAAAAAACAGAGAAACUUGCGAAUUUGAGAGAGAGAGUAGUGACAAAUGGAAGCGAAUGGAGAUGAGGGUAUAAGAAAAGGGCCGUGGAAGGCAGAGGAAGAUGAAGUGCUGUUAAACCAUGUGAAGAAGUAUGGCCCCAGAGACUGGAGCUCCAUUCGAUCCAAAGGCCUCUUGCAGAGGACCGGAAAGUCGUGCCGUCUUCGUUGGGUCAAUAAGCUUAGACCCAAUUUGAAGAAUGGCUGCAAAUUUUCAUUAGAGGAGGAGAGGGUGGUGAUAGAGUUACAGGCACAGUUUGGGAACAAAUGGGCAAAAAUCGCAACCUAUCUGCCGGGAAGAACCGAUAAUGAUGUGAAGAACUUUUGGAGUAGCAGGCAGAAAAGGCUAGCGAGGAUUCUGCAGACUUCAGCAACACCCUCCAAACCACAGAAGAACAAAAGGGAAGCUCAGUCUAGCCACGGUUGUUGUCAAGGGUCCAAUAGUUGUCCUGCACUGGAGGCUCCAAAGUUCAGUUCUUCAUCGGAGGGAGAAUCAUCGGCAAGGGCUCAGUCAUGCUCAUCAUCCUUCAUGGAGAACUCUGAAAUGAUCAGAAUGGUUCCACUACCAGAUCUUGUUAACCCCAAGUUGCUUAAUUUUGACACUAGUCUUAUUCAUCAUGAGUUCUCCCCAGCCAAGAAGAGCCCAUUCAUUGAGUCCCAAGUACGACAAAUCCCAUUUUCUCAAAUUCCACAACCCCAACCAGACGUCACAUUCUCACCAGAAAGCCAAGAACUCUUGGCCAGACUUGAAGACCCCAGUAUUUUUGAUAUGUUUGGAACACUGGAUGCUUCUGGACUCGGAAAUGGAGCUCAGCUUCCCAUUGGAACUCAAUUAUUUGAACCUGUAGGAAGUUGCAGAAAUGGUACCAAGGAAAAAAUUGACAUUCCCAUUACCCCGGACAGCAUCUUUGAUGACUUCCCAACCGACGUGUUUGAUCAUAUUGAGCCAGCUCCAAGCUCUUCAGACCUAUAAAUUGUCCGUGCCAUUGUUGUUGUUUUGGUAUUACGGGGGCAGUUCUUCGUACUUAGUUUAUUGGCUAGAAAUACAAGGUCCUUGUGGCAUACAAAUACUGCAUGUAAUUGCAAUUAUUUGUUCUAAACUGUGUGUAAUCUAUAUGAAUGGGAAUUUUCCUUCCU